AGCAAUGUUUUCAACAAAAAUAGCAUUCUGGAAAUUCUUGAAUUCAGUGACAUGGACGCUUCUACUCUGCUCAACAAUACCAACGAUAUAUCCAACUCUAUUGGCACCGGAGGCAACUAUAAUGAAAAGGUGUCACCCUGCGCAGACCCAGUUGUGCAUAUGUCAGUUUCUGAAGCCUUGAAGCAACUGAAAAAGCUGGAGAGGGAUUAUCAACACACCUGCGAGAGUUACCUAGAAACCCGAUCAAACAGGUAUAGCUCCUACAUUAAAAGAAGACAUUCUAAUUACCGCAGUGGCCAAGCUGGAAACUGUAUCAUAUACUACAAGAAACUGAGAGAAAAACUGCAGAAUGAUCUUGAAAAACUGAAUAAAGCAGAAGAAACGCAAAGAAGAACCGAAAAGCCUGAUUGCUGCAAGCAAUUCUUGAUGCUGCAUGGUUGUAAUAGCCUGGCCAAAGAAAAGAGGAUACUAAACCAGAUAGGAGAAGCACAACAGCAGGAACAAGAACAACAGUCCCCGGAAUACAAUGAUCUGGGUCAAAAAAGAAUUUAUUUCAAACAAAGAAACUGGGAGUGGGAGGUGCUACCACUCAGAAUUCCAAGCAGCAACAAAGGAAUACAUGAUCUGCUGAGGAGCCUUAAAGACACAGAGAAGUUGAGGAACAAAACUACUGCCAGUGGUGAACUUGUUGACAACCAAACAAGUCAGGACAGUUUAAAAACUUCUAUAAAAAUUCUGACAAAGGUAAUAAAAAGGCUUGGAAAAGAAACAGGGACUAAGACAAUGAUUGAUGAUGGUUACGAGGAAAAGAUCAAGCAACUAGAGGAAAAAUGUGAAUGGAUAUGCGGGCAAUGGGAUGAACAAAAGAAGUAUAUAGUUGGGUUGAAAAAAAUACAUGAAGAUGGGGGUUGUAGUAAGCUUGUAAUAUGUCAUAGAUGAUAAACUUCAGAUUUGCAAGAAGAUAAAUUUAUAAAUCAAAAUAUAG